AAAAACUCUUAUAAAUUCUUCUUUUCUUUUUUCUCUUACUCACUCUCUCCUUGUCUCAUUAUUGUUAGUAAUAUGCUUGUAUCCUUGAUCUUAAAGUCAAAAUGGGUUCUCAAGACUCGAAGGAAUACGAAAUGGCAGUGACUCUCCCUUCAAAUACGCCAGUGGAGGGAUGCGAAAUCAACCCAGACGUUCGUGUCAAACACAGAGCAUUUCCUACUCUUCAACCUCUUCCUCCAUAUUCCGUCACUUUCAGCUGGUAUCGUGAGGUGGUUUGCUCUGUGCACCCUUCUAAGUUGGCUACUGUUCAGUGUAUGUCCUGUGUAAAGCUAGAGGUUCCAGUGGAUCAGAGUUAUCAUUGCUCUUCACAGUGCUUCUUAGAUGCAUGGCAAAUGCAUGUGAAGCUUCAUAGUCAUGCAGUUAAAACGGAAAAGCAGACUGCAACUGGUGGUCAACAAGAAUUAAGAAUGCUUAGGAGUUGUGGCUCAUGGCCAGACUUCAGUGCCGACCAAUUGUUUGGUGAAAAUACACUGGUGGUAGAGCGAGAAGGGAAAGUAUGGAUCAAGGUGGGCUCUUCUAAAACUUAUAAACCGUCUAAAGAAGAUGUUGGCUUCACUCUUAGGCUGGAAUGUGUGGCUGUGGACUAUUCUGAGGGCACUCAGUUGGCUCCUAUCAAUAUCAUAGUGACUGAUCCUGUGAUUACUUUCCCUCCUCGUUGUCCUCGCUGUAUGAUUGAAGUUGGAAGUUAUAUGAAAUCUCAUAACAUCCAUUUCAAAUCCCAGACUUCUGAUGGUUUAACAUUUAGUGUGCUAUCAUAUAAUAUCCUUGCUGACAUGUACACUGGUAUGGGUAAGUACAGUUACUGUCCAAGUUGGGCUGUUGUUUGGGAAUACCGCAAGCAAAAUUUGCUGCCAGAGAUCAUUGGAUAUGAUGCUGAUAUUAUUUGUCUUCAGGAGGUGCAAAGUGAUCAUUUUGAAGGUUACCUUCAACCUGAGCUGAUGAAAUGUGGUUAUUCUGUUAUGUACAAGAGGAAAAGAACAGAGUUAUAUACUUCUAGCCGCCAUUAUAUAAGUGAGGGAUGUGCAACUUUUUAUCGCCAUGACCUAUUCAAAGAAAUCAUGAAAUAUGAGCUUGAGUUUGAUCAGAGGGCACAGUUAGUGGUUGAAGAUUUGAAACCUGAACUCAAACAUGUGGGUCGUAUUCGCCUAAUGAAGGACAAUGUUGCACUUAUUGUCAUAUUGGAAGCAAUAAGAGAUGGCAGCAUGAAUGAUGAUUUUCAGUUUAGAAUUUGUGUGGCAAAUACCCAUACACAUGCAAACACUGAACUGCCAGACGUAAAAUUAUACCAGGUUGCAAACCUUGUCCGUGGACUGGAGAAAAUUGCCCAAUCAAAAAUUCCUCUAUUGAUUUGUGGAGAUUUGAACUCUCCUCCUGAAAGUGAUCCUCAUAUGCUUCUCGUUAGAGGCAGAAUCAAUUCUGUUUCUGGGGAGAGAACUGAUCCAUUGGGUAUAUAUCAGAUUCUCAAGCUUGAACACUCAUUAGCUCUGGUUAGUGCAUAUGCAUCAUUUUUCCAUUUGAGGGGGAUUGAUGAAAAACAGUUCAAUAGGAUGAACCUUGAGAACCAUGAGCCUUUAUUUACCUACUUCACUUCGGGAUUUGCUGGAACCUUAGACUAUAUUCUCUACACAGCGGACAGUUUGAGGGUUGAAGGUUUAUUGGAGCUUCUCGAUUUUGAAAGUAUGGGUGUUGGUCUUCCAUCACCCCUAUGGUCAUCAGACCACAUUGCCCUGAUGGCCAGUUUCAGACUCAAACCGCAUUCUACCUCUGAAUCAUGGCCGGCUCUUCCUCAGGAGAUCUGAUAGCAACUAGAGACAUGGUAGUAAUUACAUCUGUAUGAAAAAUAUUAGAAGAAACAUAAUUAUAGAAUCAAUCUCAAAUCACAGUAGCAGGCAAUGUUGUUUACAAGAUACUUUCUGGUAGUUUUGCUACCUAAUUUCGUAACCCUGUAACUAAUGCUGAUGAUUACCUUUGAACUUCUUUUUCCUUUAUCUCUGCCAUGUGUGUGAUUUGUCAGCAUUCUAUACCAGUCUCAAUUCAUCA